AUCCUGCGUCUGUACGUCUGCUGCUCCGUUACGAUCACCAUCCGCUAUGUCCACCAAGCUUCACCUGAAUCCGCCCUUCCGUGCCGACCAUAUCGGCUCGCUGAAGCGCCCCGCAUACUUGCUGCAAAAGCGGGCUGAGUUUGACGCUAAGAAAUGCACGAUCGAGGAGCUUCGCGAGGUUGAGGACAAGGCAAUCAACGCCAUCGUCGACAUGCAGCGUCAGCUUGGGAUCAAGGCGUUCACCGAUGGAGAAUUCAGACGCCACAUGUUCUAUGAUGGUGUGUUCGAUAACCUGGAGGGGAUGGAAUACGUUCCCGAGGUGCCGCUCCACCUUUUCAUGGAUUACGUUCCGGACGUAUCCGCUUUCAAGAAGUUGGACUUCAAGAAGGCGGACUCGUAUCUUUGCAAGGGUAAACUCAAACGUACCAAACCUUUCUACACGUCACAGUUUGAGUAUCUCAAGAGCAUCACUUCCCCUGAGGAGCACGGGAAUAUCAAGAUCACGAUGUGUGCUCCGGAGUGGUUUCACUUACGGCACGGAGACUACGCGUAUCCGAAAGAUGUAUACGCCAACGACUCGGAGUACUUUGACGACAUUGCAAAGGCGUACCAAGAGGAGAUCAAGGAUCUGUACGCACUAGGCUGCCGUAACAUUCAGUUUGAUGACCCGCUGCUCGCCUACUUCUGCGCAGACUCCAUGCUCAAGGGCAUGGAGGAGCGCAAUAUUGACCACGAGUCUCUUCUGAACGAAUACGUUCGCGUCUACAACAAAUGCCUCGAGGGACAUCCUUCCGACAUGACGACCGGACUCCACCUUUGCCGCGGGAACUUCAGGGAUGGCAAGCAUUUCAGCGAAGGCGGCUAUGAUCGCAUUGCGAUCAAACUUUUCAACGAAAUUGAUGUGGACACCUACUACUUGGAAUACGACACUGAACGAGCUGGCACAUUCGAGCCGCUCAAGUUUCUGCCCAAGAACAAGAGCGUUGUCCUCGGCUUAAUCACGUCCAAGUUCCCUAAGCUUGAGGAUCCCGAAGAGAUGAAGAAACGCAUCUAUGCAGCUGCCGAGACGAUCGCGCACGGCAAUCCCCCGCGCUCGAAAGAGGAAGCACUGAACCAGAUCUGCAUCAGCCCGCAGUGCGGCUUCGCAAGUCACUCCGAAGGCAAUCCCGUGAGCGAGGAAGACGUGAAGAAAAAGUUGAGCUUGGUUUCCCAGAUCGCCAAGGACGUGUGGGGGUGAACCGACCGUCGUCCGAAUGUACUUACUACCAUCGUACCGCACAUGUAUGCUGUCCUUGGGCUUCGGAAGCACUACACAAUCUCUCGAACGAUC